AUGAAGACUGGUUUGAGCUUCAUUAUUCCAAAGCCAAAUGAUGAAAAUAACUUUGGGACUUCUGAAACUUCUGACUACAGUCCUUCAUAUAGUGCUCAUCUAGAUGGUACAAGUAUGCCGCUGGUUUCUCCAAACAAAUAUCUACCAAUGUCACUAAAUGAAAUAAAAGCGAAGAGUGAAAGGGUUAAGAAAAGGUUGCUAGCGUCAGUGAGUGACCGCGAUCGCAUAAUGGAACUUACUGUCAAACAACACGAGUCAAAACUUUGGUAUGAUGUUAGACAACCUCGUAUAACAGCAUCAAAAGUCAAAAGAUGCUUAAUAAAACCAACAACAAGUCCUACCAAAGCUAUUGCUGAUGUUCUUAACUAUCAUACACCAAUUCAAACCAAAGCAAUGAAGGAUGGAAUUGAAUCAGAAGCUGGCAUACUUAAAAAAUAUGAAUUAAUUUCUGGAAAUACUGUUAGGAAGGUGGGAUUUAUCAUUUCCUCUACUCAUCCUUUUCUUGGGGCAUCACCUGAUGGAAUUACAAAUGACAAUGUACUACUUGAAGUAAAAAAGGUCACCGCCAAAGAGAAUGAAUCUUUCAUGGAUACAUUGUGCAGGUUGUACAUUUAUAAGAAAAAAAAUGGGAAACUUUACAUAAAUAAUAAUCAUAAGUAUUAUUACCAAAUGCAACAACAAUUGUUUUGUGCUGGUGGAAAAGUGUGUCAUUUUGUUGUUUCUAAUGGUAUUUGGGUUCACAUUGAUGAAAUUUGUUUUGAUGAAGUGUUUUGGAGAUCACUAAUUGGACCUGAGAAAAGGUCACUGGCAAAUGACACAACCCCAUUUGGUGUAAUUCCCACCAAAGCUUUCAUUGUGGAGUGGGAUUUGUAG